CUUCCUGUGACAGAUUAUGAAAGCAACUCACAGGUUGACAUACAGGUUACUGUACAUUCAGAGGUCUUGGUUGUUAAGGUAAGGUGCAUUUUGAAUACAUCUAUUAAUAUGAAAAGCAGUAAUAAUGUAGUAAUCAUGCAUUGGUGGCAUGCUAUUGUAUGACUGUUGUCUUACUCCAAAUCCAACUGAUUUUCAUUUAGACCUUGAAGUACAUUAGUACAUCAUACAAGUACCAAAUUCAUUCAACCCAGUUCAAUUAUUUUAACAUGGUCAUGGUUUGGUAGAGGGAGGCAGCAUAAAAACUACGCCUCCCUCUUUGUAACAGUAUAUAAAGCGUGCUUUUUAGCACAACUUUUCCAUUAGCUUGUAGCAUUGUAUUAAAGGGCUGUUGACAGGGGCUUUGUCAUUGGGCAUUUAUGGACAAAAGGGUCAAAGGUUUAUGCUCCAGUUUACUUGUUUUAAUUUGUAAAAGAGGUCAAAUUAGUACAAUUAAAUGUAGCUUAUUCGGUUGUCUGUGACUUCAGGGGUGUAAUCAUUACGCCGAUUCUGUUGCAAAACGUUUUGUCUGUUGCAAAACAUUUAGCAACAUAAACUGUUUACUUCAAAAGGAAAACGUAAACAAGAGUUUCUAAUGGACAAAUUCAGGUAAGUCCCUUCCCGUUUCGUUCCGUUUGCUCUGUUUGCUUCCGAUUGAUUCUUUAACGGUAAACCGUUUCCGUAAUAAAUACACCCCUGGUCACAUCUAUCUCUGCUGAUCAGUGAUCAGUGGCCUGCUCAAAGUCCGCUGCGUUUGGCCUUUAGAAUACAUUUCAAGGAAGCAGACUUGAUAGACUUGUGUAAUUCUUACCUACACUACCAGUCAAAAGUUUGGACACACCUACUCAUUCAACGUUUUUUCUUUAUUUGUACUAUUUUUUACAUUGUAGAAUAACAGUGAAGACAUCAAAACUAUGAAAUAACACAUAUGGAAUUAUGUAGUAACCCAAAAAGUGUUAAACAAAUCAAAAUAUAUUUGAGAUUUGAGAUUCUUCAAAUAGCCACCUUUUGCCUUGAUGACAGCUUUGCACACUCUUGGCAUUCUCUCAACCAGCUUUAUGAGGUAGUCACCUGGAAUGGGUUUCAAUUAACAGGUGUACCUUCUUAAAAGUUAAUUUGUGGAAUUUCUUUCCUUCUUAAUGCGUUUGAGCCAAUCAGUUGUGUUGUGACAAGGUAGGGGGGUAUACAGAAGAUAGCCCUAUUUGGUAAAACACCAAAGCCAUAUUAUGGCAAGAACAGCUCAAAUAAGCAAGGAGAAAUGACAGUCCAUCAUUACUUUAAGACAUGAAGGUCAGUCAAUACGGAACAUUUCAAGAACUUUGAAAGUUUCUUCAAGUGCAGUCGCAAAACCCAUCAAGCGCUAUGAUGAAACUUGCUCUCAUGAGGACCAUCACAGGAAUGGAAGACCCAGAGUUACCUCUCCUGCAGAGGAUACGUUCAUUAGAGUUACCACAGCCUCAGAAAUUUCAGCCCAAAUAAAUGCUUCACAGAGUUCAAGUCACAGACACAUCUCAACAUAAACUGUUCAGAGGGGACUGUGUGAAUUAGGCCUUCAUGGUCGAAACUGGUUGAGAGAAUGCCAAGAGUCUGCAAAGCUGUCAUCAAGGCAAAGGGUGGCUAUUUGAAGAAUCUCAAAUAUAAAAUAUAUUUUGAUUUGUUUAACACUUUUUUGGUUACUACAUAAUUCCAUAUAUGUUAUUUCAUAGUUUUGAUGUCUUCACUAUUAUUCUACAAUGUAGAAAAUAGUAAAAAUAAAGAAAAACCCUUGAAUGAGUAGGUGUGUCCAAACUUUUGACUGGUACUGUACAUUUUAUGUAAUCUGGGGCACCUAGAAAAUGAAAUGACUUCUGAGAAUGUACUAUGUAAGUGGUUCUCAACCGGUCACAAAAAGGCGUUGAGAUGGGUUAUUUCUGGGUCAUGAAGCUGAUUCUGACAUUGAAUAGGAAUUGAACAUGACCGAUUGACAAGCGCUUACUGUUGGUUCACAUAGAUCUUUUGAAAGUUAUAAUGAUGAGAAGGCUGCUGAAUAGAAAUGUAAGGAAUUUCCUUGAACUGUACCUUAGAAUUCUCUUUCAUGUAUUCUCCACAUGGAGACCGAGGCCUGUCACAACAACAGACUGUGCAUCAUGCAGAUUGACAGUUGGUUACUUGAUAUAAUAAAGUAAGUCUUCAUUUAUCUUUUUCAUAUUUUUUGUGAUCACCUCUACCAAAGGGAAACAAACAUACUGAUGUUCCAAUUAAUACACAAAUGUGGAUGUACUGUAUACUACACAUUACAACAGUAUGUGUGCAAUAACAUGAGGUUAUAUUUAAGCAAUAAGGCAUGAAGGGUCUGGUAUAUGGCCAAUCUACCACGGCUAAGGGCUGUUCUUAUGCACGACGCAACACGGAGUGCCUAGAUACAGCACUUAGCCAUGGCAUAUUGGCCAUAUACCACAAACCCCUGAGGUGCCUUAUUGCUAUUAUAAACUGAUUACUAACGUAAUUAGAACAGUAAAAAUUACUGUUUUGUCAAACCCAUGGUAUAUGGUCUGAUAUACCACGGCUUUCAGCCAAACAGCAUUCAGGGCUUGAACCACCCAGUUUAUAAUUUUCAAAAGACAAUAUCCAAAUAUAAAAGUUUAAUAUAAAAUGUGAUGAAUUUGGCGUACAAAUUAUAGCUAUUAUUUUGAUCUCAUGGAUGUUCAGUCCUUGCAUCCAUAGCUAUAUACACUACCAGUCAAAAGUUUGGACACAUCACAUUUACAUUUUAGUCAUUUAGCAGACGCUCUUAUCCAGAGCGACUUACAGUUAGUGAGUGCAUACAUUUUUGUUUUCAUACACAUCUACUCAUACAAGGGUUUUUCUUUAUUUUUACUAUUUUUUACAUUGUAGAAUAAUAGUGAAGUCAUCAAAACUAUGAAAUAACACAUAUGGAAUCAUGUAGUAACCAAAAAAGUGUUAAACAAAUCUAAAUAUAUUUUAUAUUUGAGAUUCUUCAAAUAGCCACCCUUUGCCUUGAUGACAGCUUUGCACACACUUGGCAUUCUCUCAACCAGCUUCUUGAGGUAGUCACCUGGAAUGCAUUUCAAUUAACAGGUGUGCCUUCUUAAAAGUUAAUUUGUAGAAUUUAUUUCCUUCUUAAUGCGUUUGAGCCAAUCAGUUGUGUUAUGACAAGGUAGUGGGGGGUAUACAGAAGAUAGCCCUAUUUGGUAAAAGACCAAGUCCAUAUUAUGGCAAGAACAGCUCAAAUAAGCAAAGAGAAAUGACAGUCCAUCAUUACUUUAAGACAUGAAGGUCAGUCAAUAUGGAAAAUGUGAAGAACUUUGAAAGUUUCUUCAAGUGCAGUCGCAGAAACCAUAAUAAUAAUAAUAAUAAUAUGCCAUUUAGCAGACGCUUUUAUCCAAAGCGACUUACAGUCAUGCGUGCAUACAUUUUUAUGUAUGGGUGGUCCCGGGGAUCGAACCCACUACCCUGGCGUUACAAGCGCCAUGCUCUACCAGCUGAGCUACAGAGGACCACACCAUCAAGCACUAUGAUGAAACUGGCUCUCAUGAGGACCGCCACAGGAAUGGAAGACCCAGAGUUACCUCUGCUGCAGAGGAUAGGUUCAUUAUGGAAGUCCCAGAGUUACCAGCCUCAGAAAUUGCGGCUCAAAUAAAUGCUUCACAGAGUUCAAGUCACAGACACAUCUCAACAUCAACUGUUCAGAGGAGACUGCGUGAAUCAGGCCUUCAUGGUCGAAUUGCUGCAAAGAAGAAGAGACUUGCUUCGGCCAAGAAACAUGAGCAAUGGACAUUAGACCGGUGGAAAUUUGUCCUUUGUGAGACGUGGUAUGGGUGAACGGAUGAUCUCUGCAUGUGUAGUUCCCACCAUAAAGCACGGAGGAGGAGGUGUUAUGGUGUGGGGGUGCUUUGCUGGUGACACUGUUUGUGAUCUAUUUCGAAUUCAAGGCACACUAAACCAGCAUGGCUACCACAGCAUUCUGCAGUGAUACGCCAUCCCAUCUGGUUUGGGCUUAGUGGGACUAUCAUUUGUUUUCAACAGGACAAUGACCCAACACACCUCCAGGCUGUGUAAGGGCUAUUUUACCAAGUAAGAGAGUGAUGGAGUGCUGCAUCAGAUGACCUGGCCUCCACAAUCCCCCGACCUCAACCCAAUUGAGAUGGUUUGGGAUGAGUCGGAGCACAGAGUGAAGGAAAAGCAGCCAACAAAUGCUCACUCUAUUUACAUUUACAUGUAAAUCCACCUUACUACAUUUAGCAGACACUCUUAUCCAGAGUGACUUACAAAUUGGUGCAUUCAACUUAUGAUAGCCAGUGGGACAACCACUUUUUUUAUGGGGGGGUGGGGGAGGUAGAAGGAUUACUUUUAUAGUGGGAACUCCUUCAAAACUGUAGGAAAAGCAUUCCAGGUGAAGCUGGUUGAGAGAAUUCCAAGAGUGUGCAAAGCUGUCAUCAAGGCAAAGGGUGGCUAUUUGAAGAAUCUCAAAUAUAACAUAUAUUUUGAUUUGUUUAACACUUUUUUGGUUACUACAUUAUUCCAUAUGUGUUAUUUCAUAGUUUUGAUGUCUUCACUAUUAUUCUACAAUGUAGAAAAUAGUAAAAAUAAAGAAAAACCCUUGAAUGAGUAGGUGUGUCCAAACCUUUGACUGGUACUGUAUGUCUAUGAAUUUGAGAGUGGUUACAUUUCUCCAGCCCCAUCCCUCAACUGUUUACCAAAACUGUAGUUGUUUGAACUGCAGAUUCCCCAUUUAAGUUAGCCUACCUCUAGUUUCUUUGAUAUCUGCAGAUUUUCUACCAAAGCAUUGCAACAGACCUCACACAAGACAAAAAGAGUUGCUGUAUUUAGAAAAGGCUCUUUGUUAUAUUACUAUAAAAAUAAUUGCAGAUCUGACCUAGGGUGGUCAAGCAGCUGCCUCCGGAUCACGCAUACUGCUUCAGCAUGGGUUCGAAAUUGGCCCACUGCUAUUUCAACACACCUUCUCCUCUAUUUUUACUCUCUUCUUCUGUCCUAUCCAAUAAACAAAAAAUUUGAAAAUAAUUAUAAAUGUACCAUCACCGCAUGUCUAUAAUUACACCUUGUUAAUGUACUGUACUAAAGCACUAUGUUACACAAUCCCAUUCAAAAGAGCACAUUCAUUAGUUUGACUUGCCCAACUUCGCCUGGCAAUAGAGAGACCACUUAAAAUUAUGAUUUCAUGAUAUACAGUACAGGGAAUAGUUUAACAAAGAUGUCAACGAGCAAAACUAAGUGACGAUCCAGAUUUCGCCUAAAUAGACAUACCCAAAAGUAACUGCUAUUCAUGUGUAAUUACAUGAUUCUGUCAUGCAAAAACGUGGUAUAUUUGGAAAGAAGACAUCUGGGAGAUUACGAGGAAAUGAUCAGAAGAUAGAUAGGAGUUACAUAGUUCAGAAUACACAAAGUUAAGCACACACAAAAUACCCGUUUUUAUAAUUUCUUAUUUUGAAAGUCAUCUUUCAUUGACAAGCUAUAAGUGAAUUAUUGAUAUCUAGAGCUGGAAACACAUCAGAUGGCUUCCACAACAUGUGAACAAUAUCAGAAAAAAAUGGGAUUGAUAGACCUAACAACUAGAAAUAGGCCGAUAUUUUAGUAAGUGUUGUCAGGUGUGGUCAUGGGACGUUUCUAAGUCUCUGAGCCAGGUAGCAAUAGUUUGCAUUACGCAUAAAAGGUUCUAGGCCUUGCUUUGUCCCACCCAGGUUGACUGCAUAUCCCUGGAAAGCUUAUCUCAUUGGCUACAAGACUGUCAAGAUGCCAUAGUAGCCAAUCACCUGUGUAAUGGACGCCUACAGCGCGUAAGCAGGUAACAUCAUAUUUUUGAUGCGCAAAGAUAUAGUCACUCAGUGGACAUUCGAUGUUGCAUUAAGUCAUACAUCAUCAGAUGGCAAUAGGCUAGAUUUGUUCCUACCAACCUAUGGAUUAAUUUGAUACCCCCCAUGUAGCUAUAGUUCAAACACAGACCAAAUCGAAGCUUACCUUGUAAGAUGUUUGCUGUUUGGUGAAAACGUUGUGUAAAAUAAACAUUUUGACUCUCGGGGCUGGUGAUCAGUAACAGUAGUUCACAGGCAGACAAAUAAGAUAUCAUCAUGAUCUGUGGAGUCCCGGCUUUCGGUGUGUAUCAACAUAUUCCAUGUUUAUUUUGUUUAUGCUUCACAACGCUAACCAGAAUGUAGGUAGUAGGCGUCUUAAAAUGAGGUCGUCGGCUCGGCCUGCCCUUAUAAAUUCGUAUGCCCAUAUAUGGUAGUAAGUCACACCAAAGAUUUGAAGGCACCGAUCAAUAGCCAAGAUACUCAGCUUUCCGCAGACCCUGCUUUUGCAGAUAGGGGCUACCGUUCUCAUACCAGACUGAAUAAUAAAAAUCAAAUAGGGUCCCCAAAUAUAGGGACGUUUAAGAGGUUGUGUAAUAUAUAGUUGUGGUUUUAGUAGACUGUCUGACUCCUGACUAAAUCCUACAUUCCUCAAACUACCAUUCCCAGGUUCUUUAUCGUGCCUUUCAUAUGCAUAGCGCUGUACCUGCUUUGUUGCCGUAGCAAGUGGCUAUGCACUCAGGAAGAAGAGUCAGAUGACUCCUCUAUCUAUGUCAUCCCUAUGCAUGAAGAAGAGAGGACAGAAGGACGGAGAGAGGAGCCAAGGCCCCCCAGUAGACCUCCUCGGCCCUCAAGGGCCCCAACCCCUCCACCAUUACCCACGACUGUCUACAGACCUCCCUAUAGGGAACUGCCGCCGUAUAGCUCAGUGGACCUCAUCAACCCCGCACCACCAUACACUCCGGUACGACAUCACUCCACUGCUAGGUUGACCUCCUCAAACUGUCAACAGACAUCUUGAUUAUAAAGACAUUCAGCGGCUGUCAAUGCUUUCCCCCAUUUUGUAAUUUAGGGUGGAAACAUCAGCCUUGCAAAACCAGACUGAAUGCUGUACUCACUAUGUUUCACUUGAAUCAAGAUAGAAAAAAAGAACUUGCUUUUAAAAACACAGGCAGUGCAAUCUUCUAAGCAGUCCAGUGACCGAACCACUAGAAACAUAUGAUCACUUCACAUUCAGUGAUCUACUACUAACUACACACAAACAGAGGUAUCAGUGACUAUAACCUUUCAACUUGGCACUAACAUGAACCUGACUCCUCUCCAUUGCAGUUUGACCCAAAGGACCCAGAGGACGUUCCACCUUCCUACCGAGCGGUGAUAGAGGACAUACCACCUGUCUACUCAGCAGUGGUGGUGCCAGAUGACCUUCCAUCUGCCUGGUAUCCGCCACUGCCCCCAGUCUCACCCCCCUUAUACCCAAGUCCAGGUUAUGCCCAACCCCCGUUACCAAGACCCUAACAUGGACGCAACUUGCACAAUCGAGAAUUCCGUUUUAUCCCACAGCACUGCUACAGCCUGGUCCCAGAUCUGUUUG